AUGUCUAAGAGAAGAAUCGAAGUAUUGGACCCAUUUAUUAAGAGAAAAAGGGAGGAAAAAGCAGCCGCUGCCGCCAAGUCCAGCAGCGCUGGUGAAUCAACUUCGGAUAACACUUCAGCACUCACAACAGCAAUGCCACCAACACAAAGCACUCCAGGGAUCAAUCAGUUCACAGGUCUGCCGCACUCUCCGCGGUAUCAUGAGCUGCUGCGGCGGCGCCUGGGGCUCCCUGUUUGGGAGUACAAGAAUGACUUCAUGCGGCUGCUUAACACUCACCAGUGCGUUGUACUUGUGGGUGAAACAGGGUCUGGGAAGACCACUCAAAUACCGCAAUGGUCUGUGGAAUUUGCUGCAGUCACAGCCGGCAAGUCUACGGGGGUUGCAUGCACCCAACCCCGGAGGGUGGCAGCCAUGUCAGUUGCUCAGAGAGUGGCGGAGGAGAUGGAUGUGGCGUUGGGGCAGCAGGUUGGCUACAGCAUCCGUUUUGAAGACUGUUCUGGCCCACAGACAGUUCUCAAGUACAUGACAGAUGGUAUGUUGCUGAGAGAGGCUAUGUCGGACCCCAUGCUGGAACAAUACCGAGUGAUAUUGCUUGACGAAGCUCAUGAAAGGACCUUGGCAACGGACAUCCUCAUGGGUGUGUUGAAGGAGGUUAUCAAGCAAAGAUCCGAUUUGAAGUUAGUCAUUAUGUCAGCUACAUUAGAUGCGGGCAAGUUCCAGCAGUACUUCGACAAUGCUCCACUGAUGAAUGUCCCUGGUAGGACCCAUCCAGUGGAGAUUUUCUACACGCCGCAACCAGAGAGGGACUACUUGGAGGCAGCGAUAAGAACUGUUAUUCAGAUACAUUUGUGCGAGGAGAUAGCUGGAGACAUUCUACUGUUCCUCACUGGCCAAGAGGAGAUAGAAGAUGCUUGCAAGCGAAUAAAGAGAGAGAUUGACAAUCUCGGUCCCGAGGCAGGGGAGCUUAAAUGUAUUCCCCUAUAUUCCACCCUGCCGCCCAACCUACAACAGAGGAUCUUUGAACCAGCACCCCCGAACCGAGCCAAUGGUGCGAUCGGGAGGAAAGUCGUGGUGUCCACAAACAUCGCCGAGACCUCGCUUACCAUAGACGGCGUAGUGUUCGUGAUAGACCCUGGUUUUGCUAAGCAGAAGGUCUACAACCCUCGUAUCAGGGUUGAAUCCUUGCUGGUGUCCCCGAUCAGCAAGGCGUCAGCUCAGCAGAGGGCCGGUCGCGCUGGCAGAACCCGUCCCGGGAAAUGCUUCAGGCUCUACACAGAGAAGGCCUACAAGAAUGAGAUGCAAGACAACACAUAUCCAGAAAUUCUGAGAUCAAACUUAGGAUCUGUAGUUUUGCAGUUGAAAAAGCUGGGCAUCGACGAUCUGGUGCACUUUGACUUCAUGGACCCGCCAGCUCCCGAGACCCUGAUGAGGGCACUGGAGCUGUUGAACUACCUCGCAGCGCUUGACGACGACGGGAACCUGACCGACCUGGGCGCCGUGAUGGCGGAAUUCCCCCUGGACCCCCAGCUCGCCAAGAUGCUGAUCGCCAGCUGCAACCACAACUGCUCCAACGAGAUACUCUCCAUCACGGCCAUGUUGUCCGUUCCGCAGUGCUUCGUGAGGCCCAACGAGGCGCGGAAGGCGGCCGACGACGCGAAGAUGCGCUUCGCACACAUUGACGGUGACCAUCUAACGCUUCUGAACGUCUACCACGCGUUCAAACAGAACAUGGAGGACCCUCACUGGUGCUACGACAACUUCAUCAACUACAGAUCGCUCAAGUCCGGUGACAACGUUCGCCAGCAGCUGAGCAGGAUCAUGGAUAGAUUCAACCUGAAGAGGACCAGUACAGAGUUCACUAGCAAGGACUACUACAUUAACAUAAGGAAGGCUCUUGUCAACGGCUUCUUUAUGCAGGUCGCGCACUUGGAGAGGACCGGCCACUACCUGACCGUCAAAGACAACCAGGUGGUGCAACUGCAUCCUUCCACCUGCCUCGACCACAAGCCCGACUGGGUCAUAUACAACGAGUUUGUGCUCACCACAAAGAACUACAUCAGGACCGUCACCGACAUAAAGCCCGAGUGGCUCCUGAAGAUCGCUCCGCAGUACUACGAGCUGAACAACUUCCCACAGUGCGAGGCACGGAGGCAGCUAGAGCUCCUGCAGGCCAGGCUCGACUCCAAGGCCUACCAGGAGGGCUUU